UCCAUUCGUGCCAAAAUUCAAGAUGCCAAUUCUAAACUUUUUAAACAUUUGCACCAAAUUAAGGCCCAAAAACUCGACCAACUUAUCGGCCCUCAAGUUACUAACGACUCAUCGCCUGAAAACCUCAAAACUGUAGUUACCAUUCCAGAAAAUUUACUACUUUCCGAUUCAGAAAAAUCAGUUCUCAGCAAGGGCUUAAAUUUUGUUCCCAUAUCACACAAAACCGACGAAUUUUCAGUUAAGCAAGACGUUGAAAAAUUCCUUCGCCGCGUUCAGUUGAAAGCCUUUUUUCAUGACAAAGAGGAUGAUUCUAACACCUCUAACAAAGAUACUUUCGAAACACUCCAGAUUCGAAAGUCUAAAUGGACUCCCCCAGAGGGCCAGUUCUCAUCUUUAGAUUUUUUCCUCAAAAAAUGUCGCCACGAUAUCAACAAACUUAAAUUCAAUCGUAACACCCAAUUUUCCAAUCUUUCUUCGGAAGAGUGGUCGGCACUAAAAAGUCUAAAAAAACGCAAAGACAUUGUCAUUAAGGCGGCCGACAAAGGCGGCGCAGUUGUUGUUUGGCGGGCCGACCUCUAUCAAAAAGAAGCUUUGCGGCAACUUUCUGACACCUCCUUUUAUGCCAAAGUCGACAAAGACCUCACUGUAAUUAACCAAAACAUUGUUAAAAAUACGAUUAACGAUUUUAUAGCUAAACAAGAAUUGCCGGCCACUGCUAAAAAUCUCAUCAUUACUACUCCUAGAACUUCAUGUAUUUACUUUUUACCUAAAAUCCACAAACCUAACAACCCAGGUCGACCCAUCGUUUCUGCCUGCAGUUGUCCCACUGAACUUAUUUCCAGCUAUUUAGACAAAAUUAUGGCACCUAUCGUCAAAACUCUACCGUCUUACAUUAAGGACAGCCAACACGCACUUGAAAUUUUUCGUGACUUUAGUUUCCUCGACCUAAACAAACUUAUUUUCACCAUGGAUAUAACAUCUCUUUACACUGUCAUUCCCAAUGACGAAGGUCUCCGGGCCCUCAAACAUUUUUUUGAUCUACGCACUGUUAAGGAACCUAGCUCUGAAACACUGCUCCGUCUGGCCGAACUAGUACUCACACUCAAUUGUUUUUCAUUCGGUGGUAACUACUACAAACAAACUAAUGGCGUGGCCAUGGGUACUAAAAUGGGACCCAGCUACGCCAAUCUUUUUGUAGGUUUUAUCGAACACCAAUUUUUUAGCCAAUACCACGGCCCAAAACCUCAACUCUACGGCCGCUACAUUGACGAUUGCAUCGGCGCUACCUCCUCUACCAAGGAGGAGCUCACUCAAUUUAUAACCGCCGUCAAUUCCUUUCAUCCGGCCCUUAAAUAUACCUGGCAAAUUUCCGACACUUCUUUGGCUUUUCUAGACAUCAAAAUUUCUAUUGAAGGCAACGGCUUAUGCACUAGUGUUUACUACAAACCUACAGAUUCACAUAGUUACUUGUUGUAUUCAUCCUCACAUCCAUCACACGUCAAGAACUCCAUACCUUUUUCAAAGUUUCUCAGACUUCGUCGUUUAUGUAGUGACGACUCUGAUUUUUCCGAAAAAUCAGAGACAAUGUGCCAGUUUUUCGAUAAACGCGGUUAUCCUGUUUCUGUCGUUCAAGCGGGCUACCACCGUGCCCAACUAAUCGAUCGACAGGCAGCACUACAAACGGCCGAGAAGGAGAACACUGACCGCAUUCCAUUUACUCUUACAUUUCACCCUCACAACCACGCAGUUAGAUCUAUCAUUCUUAAAAAUUUUAAAUUACUCCAAAACGAUUCAGAGACUGGCACUAUCUUUUCGCAACCCCCACUUAUUUCAUUCAAACGCGACAAAAACAUAGGCAACUUUUUAGUCAGGAGUUCAUUUCAAACCUAUGACCAAUCUGGAACUUUUAAAUGCGCUCGCUCACGAUGCAAAACUUGUCCUUUCAUUCACAACGUAGAAAAAUAUCGGGACCCAAAAAGAUCCAUUAAGAUCAUUGAUCACUUUACGUGUACCUCCGCCAAUGUUAUUUACUGCAUAACUUGCACUUAUUGCAAUAAGUUAUACAUCGGCGAAACAGGGAGACGACUGGGUGACCGAUUCCGAGAACACCUUCGCGAUGUGGAAAGAAAUGACAAGGACGCAUCCAAACCAGUCGCUAGACACUUUAAUCUUCCUUAUCAUUCUAAACAGCAUAUGGCAGUUUGCGGCCUUUCCUUACAUCUAGGCAGUUCGGAAAGCCGCAAAACACUAGAACAAAAAUUUAUAUUCCAAAUCGGCACCCUUAAUCCCCACGGAAUCAACGAGCGCUUUUCAUUCAACUAA